CGUCAGUGUUAAAACCGGCUUCAAACUGCUUACAACCAUCAAACCCCUCGACAAUUGUCGAUAGUCACAAAGAGAUUAGCGAGUCUUAAACAAUCAACUGAUACAAACAAGUUCGAAAUAUCAUUUUCGAAAAUGUCGUGUGCCAUUGGCUGUGUGAGGAUAGUCCUCUUCGUCUUCAACUUCGUAUUCUGCCUAUGUGGCCUGGCGUUACUGAUACCUGGUAUCCUAGUGGAAACCAAUCUCGGUGCGAUCAGUAAGGAGACGAGUGAAUCGAUCGGAGCGAUCGAAGGGACUGCAAUUGCGCUGAUUGUCAUUGGCAGUAUUAUAUUCGUCAUCGCAUUCUUCGGAUGCUGUGGUGCAAUCAGGGAGAGCCACUGCAUGACUGUUACUUAUGCUGUUCUACUCCUAACGAUUUUGGUGAUUCAAGUGGGCAUUGCCAUUUGGGCCUUCGUUGCACUCAAACAUGUUGAGCCCAGUACAGUUGAGGAGAUAUUGCAGACACCAGUCAAAGAAUAUUGGCGCAAAGAAAGUGCACGUUCUGAAGUCGAUUUGAUUCAGGAAACCCUUCACUGUUGCGGAGCUAAAAGUGCAGACGAUUGGUCGAUGCAACCAUUGAACGGAACAAUCCCAUGGUCGUGUUGCAAAGUUGAAAAGGAUAACAAACGCCAAUUUUGCAAUGCCCGGGAAGCUUACCCACAUGGUUGUGGCGAGAAACUCAGUCAGCUUUUGAAGAUGAUUGGAAAAGGACUGGGUGGAAUUGCACUUGGAAUUGCUGGAGUGGAGCUCGUCGGUAUUAUCUUCGCUCUCUGUCUAGCCAACUCCAUACGAAACGAGGACCGUCGUAAUUACAGAGUGUAAAAUGCUGACACUGUAAAAUCCCAAGUUCAAAAUUAAGAGAAAAAACUACUGAAUAAUGCAAAAAAAAUUGGUUCCUCCAAAGCUUUACAUUUUCAUUCAUAAUUUUUCACUAAACUUCAAACGUAUUUUGAAAUCGUUCUUUGUUUACAUAGAAUAAACAUAUUUUUGCAUGUGGAAAAUAAGUUUAUUAAAGUGAUGAUUAAAUUAAGUGAAUAAUUUAAGAAAACACUUUUUGAUAUAUUGUCAUUAUUUAUUAAGUUCUGUUUUUUCUUAUUUGAAAGAAAUUUAACUUACAUCUAAAUUUUGUUUUUUCUAUUAUUAUACCUAUUAUACAUUUCUAUAUACAUUUCUCUCUCAUCAAUUUAUCUUUUUUCGAAUUACACAUUUAAUUUAAUAAUUAGUAGUACCUUCCAAUUGCACUCGAUAUUAAGUUGAAAAGUGCCAUUUUUUUACAAUAGAAAAAAAAAAGGAAAGCAAAUCGUGAAAAUGGAAAUGAAAUAAAAGAAAAAUACAUUUGUUGAAGCCUAAGAAUAAAUUAAACGUAGUUCGUUUUAUUAUUAUUUUUUAUUCAUAUCAGUCGUCACUAGGAGAAACUAUCUACAGGAAUGAUAACGAGAAAUUUUACAAUUUGAAUAUUUUCAAAUUGAAUUACUUCACUGCAAUAAAUGAAAAAUAAAGUUGAAUUGAAUUAAAAUCGUUGUUUUCUCAUGUCAUUUUGAAUUUUAAUGUGUAAAAUAUCUCGUUGGCGUAUUAACGUUAUCACUAUUAUUACCUAGUGACCUCGAAAAAAUCUGUUAAAAAAUGAUUUCAACUCUCGAGUUUAUAUUUUAAUAAAUAAAUUUGUUUUCUCACA